CGAGCAAUGUGAAUGAGCGGCCAGCAGAACUCCGCAGCUCCGCCGGCUCGUGCGCGCACGCGCGCCUGCCUCUUACCCGUGAAGCGUGUGUGCUGAAGUGAGCGUCCGAGCUUGUGGCGACCAGCGGAACACCGGGACACUUGGCGAACGAGGGACAGAUGUCAAGAUGAUCGCCACUCACCAAAACGUCACCACCGACCUGGACCUGGGAAGCUCGGGAGGCCCACCACGCAACUGGAAAGGCAUCGGCAUAGCGAUGGUGGUGAUCAUCGUGGUCCUGGCCCUGGUCAUCGUCUCAGUGAUCCUACUGACCCCUGAUGAGUCCCGCCUCCUGCUGCAGUCCCGCCUGACUCUGGAGGACCUUGACAAGUCCGAGUAUUUCAUUCAUCAUUCAGAUGCCACAUGGAUCAGCGAUUCUGAACUGACUCUGCGGAGUCGAGAUGGCCAUGUGAUUUUACUGAACAUGACGAGCGGCCAGAGAUCAACACUGGUGGACAACAGCACUUUUGUGACUCUCAAAGCCACCCGCUACCAGGUGUCUCCUGAUAUGAACUUCGUCUUGCUGGCCUACAAUGUGCAGCAGGUCCACACCCGCUCCUUCUUGGCUUCCUAUGCUAUCUACAACGUGGCCACCAGGGAGAUCAUGGAGAUCAAACCCCCUGAAGCGAAGACGUCUGUCCUUCAGUUUGCAGCAUGGGGACCACUGGGCAAUCAGCUGGUGUACAUUUUUGAAAGCAACAUUUAUUACCAGCAGGACACGUCGAGCAGCGCGCUGCGCCUCACCUCCACCGGCCGGGAUGGCAUCGUCCUCAAUGGCCUCUCAGACUGGAUCUAUGAAGAGGAGGUCCUUCAGACGUACUCCGCACACUGGUGGUCCGGUGAUGGGGCUCGCCUGGCAUAUCUCACAAUCAACAACACUGCUACGCCCAUCAUGGAGCUCCCUCAGUUCCUGGGGGGUGUCUACCCCGUCAGCACCCACUACCCUUACCCCAAGGCUGGUCAGCCACUGCCCUCCGUCAAGCUGUUUGUUGUGAACCUCUACGGCCCGGCACACACCCUGGAGCUGAUCCCACCGGACGACUUCAGAAACAGGGAGUGCUACAUUCCCAUGGUUAUGUGGAUCAGCAGCACCCGCCUGGCAGUCCGCUGGUUAAACCGGGCGCAGAACACCUCGGUCCUCACCGUCUGUGAAGCCACCACUGGGGCCUGUGUGGAGAAACACAAGACUGGCUCGGACACCUGGCUUAUCAAACAGCAGGAGGCGCCGCUGUUCCAGCAAGAUGGCUCCGUCUUUUUCCUGACCAUCCCGGCCAAGCAGGGGGCACGUGGGGAGUUCCAUCAUGUAGCCAUGCUGAGUGCACAGCCGGGCUCCUCGCCAGCUCCUCUGCGCUUUCUGACAUCAGGAGAUUGGGAUGUGACUUCGCUCUGCGCGCUCGACGAGGCUCGAGGGAAAAUCUACUUCUUGAGUACGGAGGUCUCAUCCAGGAGCAGACACCUCUACAGCGCCAACACCAUGGGAGGUUUCCAACGGAGCUGUCUGACGUGUGACCUCAUCGCCAACUGCAGCUUCUUCACAGCCAAGUUCAGCCCCAACAAGAGUUACUUCAUGUUGCGCUGCGAAGGGCCGGGCGUGCCAAAAGCUACGGCACAUCAGACCGACGACCCUAGCAGUUUCAUUUUUCUAGAAGACAACCAAAUCCUGAAGGAAGCUCUGGAAGUCAAGCGUCUGCCGCUGACUAAAUUCCAGACUAUUCCAGGGGAAGGCUACGAGGUGCAGCUGAAGCUGGCGCUGCCAACUGGCUACCAGGAUGCAGUUUUUCCACUCCUCUUUCUCGUUGAUGGGACACCAGGAAGCCAGUCUGUCACUGACCAGUUCCGGCUCGACUGGACCACAGCUCUGUCCAGCUCGGUAGGCGUAGUUGUGGCCCAACUGGAUGGCCGAGGUGGUGGUAAUCGGGGCCAGAAGCUCCAGCAUGAGAUCCACCAGAAGCUGGGAUCCUUGGAAGUCAAGGACCACAUGAUGGCACUGGGGUGGUUGUUACAGCAGCCCUACAUCGACCGGAGGAGGAUCGCCCUGUAUGGGAAGGCCUAUGGUGGCUAUUUGGCUCUCAAGAUGCUGGCAACGACGGCUCUGCAGUUACGAUGCGUGGUGGCCGUGGCACCAAUUGUUGACUUCAGACUGUAUGCUGCAGCCUUUUCAGAACGCUAUCUCGGACUGCCUUCCAAGGAGGAGAGCCUGUAUGCAGCAACAUCUCUGCUGGGAGAAGCACACAAGCUGAAAGGCGAGCGCUUCCUUCUGGUCCACGGCACAGCAGACGCCAAAGUGCAUUUCCAGCAUAGCGCUGAGCUCCUGCACCAUCUCAUCCUGCUGGAGGCCAACUACACCCUGCAGGAUUUCAAAGCUCCGCCCCUCUCCCAGGUCUACCCUGAUGAAGGCCACACCCUGCAGUCUGAGCGCAGUCGGCAGCACCUUCAGCACACGCUGCACCGGUACCUGCUGGGAUGCUUCCAGAACCCGAAGAAGAGAACUUCGGAUGCAGACGAGGAGUAAUGGCCAUGCUGGGAUGGGAUUCCCUGGACCUGCACGAUAGGGUGGCUACCUUGUACACUUCACUUCCUUGGCAGCUACCGGCACGCACCUGCUGGGUGCAUCAGACUGUAAGCUUUGAGUUUGGAGCGCCAUUUUAGUCUCCUUUUUUCAGCCCCCCUCCAGAAAAAAGCAACAGCUCACCAGCAGAAUCAGCAAUAAAAUGCACUGUGACAGCCACCACAGCUUUACCUCAUGCCACCUGGGCACAAGGCAGCACCCAGCAGCACCAAACCCCAUGAAUCCUUGCCAGGGGGCCCCUCACAGAGCGGGGAGGGAGAGGGCAGUGCCCACCACUGAACUCUGUGACUAAAAGUAGAAUGCUGCAUGAGGAACUUCAGGAAUGACACUGGCGUGAAUGCUUGUAUUACUGCUUCUGGUUUUAAUAAAAGU